AAUUUGCAGGUAAAAAUGGCUGCAGAAGAGAAGGGGAGAGGUUGGGCUUCGAAACAGCAGAGCAGGGCUGAACAGGCAGAUGAAAAAGAACCGUGUGUGCUUCUGGGCCAGCAGCUGGGUGAACCAGGAAGAUUUGCUUAUGCGGCGCUUUGUGGGAUAUCCCUGGCACGGCUGUUCCCUGAAAAAGAGCAAAGCUCCUUCAGGAUGGAAUUCAUUGAGGGCUUUGUGAAAUGGCUGGACCUGCCCAAAGCUGUCUUACCUGCCAUGACAGCAUUUGCUAGCGGCUUAGGAGGUGAGGGCACAGAAACUUUUACCCAGAUUUUGCUGAAGGAUCCCAUCUUGAAAGAAAAUCCAGUUGUCAUUACCCAAGAUCUUCUGUCCUUCUCUCUUAGAGAUGGAUACUACGAUGCUCGAGCCAGGGUGUUGAUCUGCCACAUCACCUGGCUGCUGAGAAUCCCCUUGGAGGAGCUGGAAGUCCUGGAGGAAUCUCUGCUUGAGAGCCUGAAGGAACAAAAAGAGGAAGAGUCAGAAACUGCAGAAGUAUCAAGAAAAAAGAAGGAAAGAAGAAAAAAGCUGAAGAGAUACCUGCUGAUCGGUUUGGCAACCGUUGGGGGCGGAACGGUGAUUGGCUUGACAGGGGGUCUUGCUGCACCUCUGGUUGCUGCGGGAGCUGCUACUAUCAUUGGAAGUGCUGGAGCAGCUGCUUUAGGUUCGACUGCUGGAAUUGCUGUCAUGGCAUCGCUUUUCGGAGCAGCUGGAGCUGGCCUUACUGGAUACAAGAUGAAGAAGCGUGUGGGAGCCAUAGAAGAGUUUGAAUUCCUCCCACUUACUGAAGGAAAGCAGCUUCAUAUCACCAUAGCAAUUACUGGAUGGCUGUGCACUGGCAAAUAUGGGAGCUUCACAGCACCAUGGACCAGCAUGUUGCAAUCGAGUGAGCAGUAUUGUCUGGCCUGGGAAUCCAAGUACUUGAUGGAGCUUGGCAAUGCCUUGGAUUCCCUGCUGAAUGGUUUUGUGAACAUGAUGGCUCAAGAAGCCCUAAAAUUCACUGUCUUGUCAGGUAUUGUGACGGCCUUGACUUGGCCAGCUUCGCUCUUAACUGUUGCCAGUGUCAUUGACAACCCCUGGGGAGUCUGUCUCCAUCGGUCUGCUGAAGUAGGCAAACACCUAGCACAUAUCCUGCUCAGUCGACAGCAGGGCAAGCGACCUGUCACACUGAUUGGCUUCAGCCUGGGUGCAAGAGUCAUUUACUUCUGCCUGCAGGAAAUGGCUCAAGAAAAAGACUCUCAAGGGAUCAUUGAAGAUGUGGUCUUACUGGGAGCUCCAGUGGAAGGAGAAGCCAAGUACUGGAAAGCUAUCACAAAAGUGGUGUCGGGCAGGAUCAUAAAUGGUUAUUGCAGGGGGGACUGGCUGCUGGGGUUUGUAUACAGAACUUCUUCUGUCCAGAUCAACGUUGCAGGCCUCCAGCCAGUCGACUUGGAUGACAGGAGGAUGGUAAACAUGGACCUUUCAUCUGUAGUAAACGGCCACUUGGACUACAUGAAGCAAAUGGACACGAUCCUGAAAGCUGUGGGCAUUAAAACCAAGGAGUGUCGGCUGGAAGAGAAGGGCAGCGGCAGUCUUUUCUCCCCUCUAGCCAAGAAAUCACAGCAGGCAGCAGGCAGCAAGCCUCAGGAAGAGGAAAACACUGUGCGAGAGGAGGAUGCGGCUGACGGUGAGGCUCUGCCAGCCAGCCACGCUCACCGCCGUGAUUCCCCCAGCUGUCUCUUGGGAGAAGCCUCGCUCCCCUGCCCAGACUGUUCAAACAGCGGGGACAGCAAGAAACAGGCAGCGGGUGAAGGAGAAAAUUCGAGCUCUCAUCGUGAGAUGCUCAGCCAGCACUAAAACCGCUUUCGAAGCACCGUCUGUUGCACUGGGAUUCCCAAGGGAGUAUCGGUAGAGCCGGCAGAGCUGUCACUGCAGUUUUCAGACCCUCCUGAAAGCCUGGAGCGUGGUACCGGCGUGUCACCGGAUCAAAGCUUUCGGAGCAGCCGCCCACGGCAUCUCCCACGGACGAGAAAGGGCCGAUUCCCGCCUGAAUCAGCAUUGCUCCUCAGCAAGCGGCGGCACUUCCCUCCUCGCACAAACCGGGUUUAUUCUUGAGGGAAGCAGCUGUCCCCAUUAGGGACUGUGUCUCUGCUAUAUAACGCUUGGGAAAGCAGGUGGCUCUGCGGGUAUUUUUAAGCAUAUCGUGGAGAGGGGCUCGUCACUAGGAAAUUAAAAA